AUGGUCACACAAAAUGGAAACGCCAGAUACCAUCCUCCUGAUGGUCGAAACGAUGUCAAGGGGCCUCAACAACGCCAUGGCGCGUUUCCUCAUCCAUUAACAAAAGUUACCACUUCCGGUCUUCCCCAAAAUGGCCCUCCCGUCAGCCCUGUCAGUCCCUACCGCGCAUAUCAACCCGGCAGAUCUCUGACCUACCAACCUACCAUUCCCGAAGCUUCCUCGAGUCACCUCAAUAUGGCCAAUGCCCCUCCAACUCAUCAAUCGUCUACGAGCCAUACUAGUCCCGCUUACCGAUCACCGACGUAUCAGGUGGCCACUGAUCAUGAUAGUCAAUCGUCAUGGCUCUCUAGGAACGAGAUGGAAAGGAGGCGACCAGCACUACAUAAUGAGAACCCUCGAAUUGGUCUAAAAUCUACCGCGUCAACUUCGAGUAUUCGCCCAAUGCAACAUUCGCAGUUCCGCCUUGAUCAGCUCCCGUUUACUUCAGGCCCUGCUCAGCUACGUUUCCCACCUCACUAUCAUCCGCCAGACGAGAAAUACCUGAGGCCUUGA